AUGGCGCGCCUGACAGUACGUGGGCAUCAUCCGAAGAGGUCUAUUGGCCCACCGACCUGUUUGUUGCCUGGCACUCUUGAGGCCAACGACGCCCGCGCCCACAUCCUGGUAUAUGGCUAUAAUGCCGAUGUCUUGACAUUUCAAAAGAACGGCACCGCCAGCAAGAACUACAUAUCCCGACACGCCCAGACGAACUCCCUCGGCGGCAUUCUCCUCAAGGCGGCCCUCCUCCAGCCCGUUCCAUGUAUGUACGUCUCGACCUACGGCAUUAUCUUCCUAGGGACCCUGCACACAGGAUCCGAUCCCGCCGCCUGGGGCCGCAAUGCUGCAGCGGAUGGCCGGUGCCGCCAUUCCCAGGAAGCUCUUGGAGCUCGAGUCCGUCUUGAUCAACACGCUCCAGAGAGACGGCGAGACCCUCAGCAAUACUACCUGCGACUUUGCCAACCUUUAUCAUGGACGCUUCAGGGUCCGCAUGGUCACGAGAACCAGAAGACCAAUAUCAGAGGCGCCAGUGUCAUUGUCGUCGACGGUAACUCGGCUUGUCCUCCGCUGCUGAGAGUAACUCGCUACGGCAUAGAGGCCACCCACUCGGGCAUGUGCAAAUUCCAGAACCGCGACGCGUCUGGCUACCGGAACGUGUCCGAGACCCUUUUCGGUGUCGCCAGACAAUCUGCAAUAACCAUCAUCUCGCUACCUGGGAUCCCCACUCGCAAGCAGAUGAGCGCUCUCCAAGCCGUUCCAGCAUUUGGAAACCCUUCAGGGACAGUUCCUUGUCCCGUGCAGUCAGCUCGGAAAGGAAAAGCAACAGGGGGAGAACAACAUCAGGGCGCCUUCAGCCAACCGACGGAACCGACUCGUUGUUUGCCCAGCGUCGAGGAGAGCCAAACCCACAUAUUACCAUGCAUGGGAGCAGCAAAAAUGUCGGAUUGGGAUGGGGAAAUUGAAGUGUUGUAAAUGGCGGGAAUUGCAUAGUUUCGGUACAACGUUUUCUUUUGGUGGAUAUGAAAUCUAUGACAGGUUAAUGGGUUGGUUAAUGGACUGUUAAGAUAUUGGAGGCAUCUAUGAGUCCAUAAUUUCACGCAACUGCUGGGAUUCAGGUGUUUUAUCGUGUCAUCAUUUCACCAUUAAUAGAUUAUGGAUUAUUCGAG